AUUUUCUUGUUCUAUAUUUCUUCACUUGAACCAUGGCUACUGCAGGAAAGACAAUCACGUGCAAGGCUGCGAUACAAUGGGAGGCUAAACAGCCCCUAUGCAUCGAAACGAUAGAGGUGGCACCACCCAAAGCCGGUGAGGUUAGAAUGAAGGUUUUUGUAAAUGGGGUGUGCCACUCUGAUUAUCACGUGAUGGAGGGGCGGACCUUCAACAGUAAAGUCCAAUGGCCAGUGAUUCUUGGACAUGAAGGGGCAGGAAUUGUUGAAAGUGUCGGAGAGGGUGUAACUAAUGUCCAACCAGGUGACCACGUGAUUCCUCUAUAUAAGGCGCAAUGUAAGCAGUGUAAACUCUGUAAGAGCCCGAAAACCAACGGCUGCAAUAAAAUCAGUGCAACGCAGGCCAAGGGACUCAUGCCUGACGGAACAACGCGUUUCACGUGCAAAGGGAAAACAGUAUAUCAUUUUAUGGGCACAAGUACCUUUAGCCAGUAUACAGUAGUUGCAGAUAUCUCCAUAUGCAAGGUAAAUUCAGCAGCUCCUAUGGACAAAAUUUGUCUUCUCGGCUGUGGUGUGUCAACUGGUUACGGGGCGGCUCUCAAUACUGCAAAGGUGGAGAAAGGAUCAACGUGUGCAGUAUGGGGUUUAGGUUGUGUCGGUCUAUCAGCCGUUAUGGGAUGUAAAGCUGCCGGCGCUAAGAGAAUUAUUGCUCUAGAUAUUAACCCUAGCAAGGAAGCAAUAGCGAGAACUUUUGGAGCUACGGAAUUUAUCAACCCUAUGGACUAUGAUAGACCAAUCGAGGAAGUGAUCCGAGAGAUGACUGAUGGCGGUUGUGAUUUUACAUUUGAAUGUAUCGGCAACACGGCCAUCAUGGAAUCAGCCUUGUACAGUUGUCACGAGGGAUGGGGCGUGGCUACACUUGUAGGCGUGGUCGCUGCUACACAGAAGGUGUCAGUCCAGCCUUAUUUCAUAUCAGCAGGUGGAAGAAUCUGGAAAGGAACAUCUUUCGGAGGGUAUAAAAGUAGAGAUGAAACACCGAAACUUGUAGAGAAAUAUAUGAACGGAGAACUGAUGCUGGACGAGUUUGUUACACACACAAUGGAACUUGAUAAAGUCAACGAGGCCUAUGAUAUGUUGAUAAAAGGCAAGAGCAUCCGGACCAUAAUUAAACUUUGGUGAGAUCAACUUGUUCGGACUUGUAGGACCGAAAUGAAUUUUUGGAUGGCACAUAUUUUCAGAAUUUAAAAUAUAAAGUAACUUUAUAACCAAGGCGUAUAUACAUUUAUACAUGUGUAAUAAAUAUAAGAAAAGUUCUCAACAACUAAUGUUUUAUAUUGGUUGUUGGGAUGGAAUAUGAAAAUUAUCAACUGUUUUAUGUAUUACUAAAAUCUAGCCAAUAAAUUGUUAAUAAAAAGAUG